AUGAAAUUCGAAGGUAUAAUACUGUUUAUUGCCGUUACCCUUGCUCAGUGUAGUGUUUCUAAUUGCAUGACAUGUGUUAAUGGAACAGACAACAAAUGUUCAGAAUGUAAUGAUGGUUAUUUUAUUUCUCAAACAGGGUUGUGUGUUGAAAAAAGCCGAUUUAUUGGAUGUAAAACUUUUGGCUCUGUUGGGUGCGAUGAAUGUGUUGAAGGAUAUGUAAAAAUGUCAAACUUUGUAUGUAUGGAGUGUCAUAACUUUUUCACUAAUUGUGAUGAAUGUACUUCUACAGAAUGUAAAAAGUGUGAUAACGGUUAUGAUUUAAAAGAUGCAAAUACAGAAGUUCCUGGUAUUACUAAAGUAUGUGGCAGUUCAAUGUCACUUGUUGUAGCAGUACUAAUGGUAGUUUUCAUUUUAUUAUAA